CUUUAAUAAAUCAAAUUAUUGUUUAGCAUAAGACUUGCCCAAAAAGGAAUUUUCGAGAUGGCUGCUGAAUUCAAAUUGGCUGGCUUUUUACUGAAGAAUGAUUUAAUUGAUAACUCAAAUAGCCUGCUCAUCGGAUUUCGUCCUUUUAUAGUCUCAAUCUAUACCUCAGAUUGAAUUUCUUCAUAUAUGUGGAGAUUUUUCCAAAAGGAGGCAAUAUUACAACUUGGUUAUUAUUGUCAUUAAACUUUAGAAAGGACGACUGUUUUGUACGAUGGGAUCUGCUUCACGGAGAGUUGCUGUUUUCUUGUUUACUGACUGCUCAACCCGUGCUGUUCUACCAUAUUUUGAAUGUCAGUCAUUUAAAAUACUCUUGACAGUUGAAGACGCUACAAGCCUUCAGUUGAAAGUUUAUUUGAUCAUUAUUGGUCUCUGAACCGCAAGAGUGAAAGGAGAAGUUGAUAAUGGGGAUUGACAAUGGGAAAUGUUGCAACGAAGAAGAGAGGGAGGAGACUUAUCCACAUGUCUUACCAGGAUUUGAACUGAAGUAUGGAGUGGAUGAUGCCCCUGCUUGGUACUUAAGCAUACUUCUAGGAUUCCAGACGUACCUGAUCAUGUUUGGUGCCACCCUAGCCCUUCCAUUCCUCCUGGCAGAGCACCUGUGUAUCACUGAUGACUAUGUUGCCCUGAGUGAACUCAUUUCAACCAUUUUCUUCUGCUCUGGGAUAGCUACUCUCCUUCAGACUACAUUUGGAGUCAGAUUACCUAUCAUCCAGGGUGGGACGUAUACAUUCCUGGCACCUGCUAUUGCCAUCCUCAGCCUGGACGAAUAUAGGUGUCCGCUUAGUCCACCUAGUUCAACAGGAAAUAUAACAGCAAAUACUGAGGAAAUGGUGACAACAGGAAUCAACCUUACAACCACUGGCCAUGAUAAUAGAGAAGAUUUUAUGGCUAGGCUUAGAGUGCUUCAAGGCAGUAUUAUGCUUGCGUCAUUACUACAGAUUUUCGUAGGAUUCAGUGGUAUUAUAGGCCUUAUGUUACAGUUCAUAGGCCCUCUCACCAUUGCACCAACUAUUGCUCUUAUAGGCAUAUCCCUGUUUGAAUCAGGAUAUGGUUUUGCUGCUAAACAGUGGUGGAUUGCGAUCACAACUAUGGCUUUGAUCGCAAUAUUUUCGCAAUACAUUCCAAGAUAUGCUCAAAAGUAUGUACCAUCCUCUAGCACUGGGCAGACGAAAUGUAAGCUGUUUCUCAGCUUCUUCGAACUUUUCCCUAUUGUACUGGCUAUCAUAAUCUGUUGGAUAAUUUGUGCCGUGCUGACAGCUUCUGGUGCUCUCCCCGACAAACCCAACCAAUGGGGAUAUGAGGCACGCACAGAUAUACGAUUACAGGUCCUAAAUGAUGCCCAAUGGUUUAGAUUCCCUUACCCAGGUCAGUGGGGCGUGCCAACGGUGAAUAUCUCAGGGGUGCUAGGUAUGAUUGCAGGGGUGAUAGCUUCAAUGAUAGAGUCUGUUGGUGAUUACUAUACAUGUGCCAGAUUAGCAGGUGCACCACCCCCACCUACAAGUGCUAUUAAUAGAGGAAUAGGUAUGGAGGGUGUAGCAACCCUUCUUGCAGGGGCCUGGGGCUCUGGAAACGGCACAACAUCGUAUGGGGAGAACAUUGGGGCCAUUGGAAUUACAAAGGUCGGUAGCCGUAGGGUUGCUCAAUGGGGAGCAUUAUGUAUGCUGAUUUUAGCUAUACUUGGGAAGUUCGGAGCGCUGUUUGUCACAAUUCCUGAUCCAAUCAUUGGAGGAGUGUUCUUUGUUGUGUUUGGCUUUGUCACUGCAGUAGGGCUGUCCAACCUCCAGUUUGUAGAUAUGAACUCGCCAAGAAAUCUGUUUAUCAUUGGCUGUGCCCUCUUUACAGGGUUUACAAUACCACAGUGGCUGAAACAGAAUCCUGGUGCUAUAGCAACAGGUUCAGAAGUAGCAGACAACAUAUUCACAGUGCUGUUUAGGACUAGUAUGUUUGUAGGGGGUCUUGUAGGAUUCGUGCUGGAUAACUCAAUUCCAGGUACAGACAAAGAGAGGGGGAUCAGUCAAUGGAAACAGCAAACAAGUGAUGAUGACCCUACUGUCAGUGAUCUGUUAGUCAUGUAUGAUAUGCCAUUCGGGAUGGACUUCAUCAAGAAACAUAGAUUCUUCCAGUACCUCCCGUUUUCACCUACUUUCAAGGGAUACACGUGCUGUAGAUCAGAUGCCAAUCAGAGUGAUAUUGCUAUUGACAAUAUCAGUGUUAGCACAAAGAGGUUUGAUUCUGUUGAGACAGUUGCGACGAAUAUUACUAUUGACGAUCGAAAUGGAAAUACGAUCCUGUGAACAAGAAGAUCAAGUGCAGUGAUUUACAUUUCGUCAUUCCAUUUUGAAACGCUUGUUUAAUCAGGCAUCUCGAGUGCUAUUUAUGUACAUGAUGUAGGACUUUUUUGAUAAACAUUUUGGGAACAAAAUGUUGAUUUAGAAAAAGUAACUAUAAAAAAACAUACAUGUAAAUUAUAGGCCCCAAAAUAGAU